CAAACAUCAAUGGCUAGCUUCAAAGUUUUGUUCUGUCUUUCCCUGCAUGCUUUGUUCUUCAUUUCAAGUUCUGGAACUAGACUGUUUCAUCCAUUUUCAAUUACCGGUCAGGCAUUGAAAGAAGAAGCCAAAUCACAGAAUAAGGUUAGUACAGAUAAACUAGAGAUAAUUGACAGGCAUUUUGAAUCUAAGCAAUUUUCAGGCUUAGGCAGGUGGACAUUGGCAGUUGAAGUUAAAGUACAUCCUGAGACCAACUCAGACAGACAAGACGUAAGUGACAGAAACCAUGCACCCAAGCAGAAUCCAAGCAGUAGCAAGCGUGCAAUGAUAGAGGAAGCCAGAGAAGCCAUUAAGGCCAGCGUACAAAGACAUGGUGGAAAUCCUUUCGAGUCGAAGCGGCUUAGUCCAGGGGGACCAGAUCCUCAUCAUCACUAAUCUUACAUUUUAUAGCUGCCUGUGAUUUACACCAGAAAAGAAAAAAAUGUUAGAAAUUGUAUUUUCCAUACAUUUUUUUUGUACUUGUAGUGUAGAUCAUUAGGUUCCUUUGAUGGAUGUUUGCACAACUUAUCUUCAUAUUCAGCUACGGGAGAUUAAAAAUGAUAUCGUUUCACUACUAAUGUAGCAGACAUGGAGCUUUCUUAA